AUGGCGAGGUCGAAGUCCACAUUUAGGUCAAAACGCCGCAAUGAGAGUAGUAUCUCGGAAAGCGAUCUGAAACGUUUUGCUGGUUCCAGUGAUGAAGAUGAAGACGAUGAUGACGAGCAAGUAUUGGAGAACUGGCAGCGUCAAGAAUCCUCUGAUGGAGAGUCCACCACUAAAGAUGACAAUUCACAGAGAAUAAACUCUCGUGACGACAUGGACGAAGACGACGAGCUUGAGCCAGAUGUUUUCAUUCAGUCUUCCUCGGCAAAAAUGUCAAAUGCAAUGGCGAAAAUCCUUGGAACCUCAAACGCCGAACGGGCGAUCACUUCUGUCGUUCUUUCCAAAACGACAACACCCUUGCAAAAAAUGCAGAUGAAACAAAAGGAGGAAACCAAGGCAAUGCGAGAGAAAAGAAGGGACAACCGGGAGCGUUGUUUGACAGCUCUACACAUUCCACUUUCCGUUGCGACAACAAAUACCAUCAAUACCGGACAGCAUUCCGUUGCAAAAGAGCUGGAACAGGAGCGGCUUCAUCGGCGAGUUGCAACUCGUGGAGUUGUAGCGUUGUUCAACGCGAUCACGCAACAUCAACAAGUGUCAGAGUCGUCUCAAACAGUUUCAAGGGGGUCCAAUAUUGAACCAAAGGUCACAAAACACACCUUUCUGAGUAAAAUUAAGAACGCUGCAUCUGUAAGCACUGAGGAGAAGAUCCCUGGAGCUAGUGACACUGGUUCUGCAAAAUCUUCCAAAUGGGAUGCCUUGAACGAGGACUAUUUAUUGAAUCACAAGAAGAACUGGGACGAAGAGUCAUCUGAUGGCGAAAAUGAUAAUCUUGACGAUGAAGAGGACGGUGAUGUGGACGUUUCGACAGCAGUGCAGGGCCGAAAGAAGAGGCGUAAAUCUUGA